AUGGUGCCGGAGGAGGAGCCAGCACGCGAGCUUAUGGCGGUUCUUUUGACUCCGCGGUUCCGUAGACUUGGCAGUCAGAACGAGCUUCCGGGCCCAGGGCUGAACGGGCCAAGUUCCAUGAACCGUAAAGGUGGCUUCUGCCGGAAAAGGAGGACAUGAGUUCGUCUUUGCCAAGUUCUAACGAAUCACAAAGUAUUUGAACCAGUAGGAAUGAAGAAGCUUUUCAAAAAAGAAAAGGAAUUGGAAUUUGAAGAUUCCAAAAGUCUCUACACGUUUCUAGGCAAUAAAUCAUCUUACAAUUGUUGCAAAAGACAAAAGGAUGCUGAGAAUGAGUUCAAUGAUGAAAUAAAACCAAAAGAAACCUUGAAACCAGAAUAUGAAAUGAUUUCAAAUCCUCUAGCACAAGAGAUUGGUGAGGAAAGAAUUGAGGAACUUAUUCAUACAAUAAAUGGGAAUCCAGCUUUAUGUCCAAAUAUCACAGUUCAGAAACCUUUUCUCCGGCUUUCAAAAGGAGGAGUUUUCUUCUACAGAGCAAUUACAUCAGGUAAGACAGAUGUUUGGAAAGAACAAACAUUAUUAUGUCUUCUUUGAUCGAUUCACCUUCCAUUCUUGGACAAUAUUUUGGAGCCUCCAGUUAAAACACAAAAUCUUCUAUUAAACAAAGAGGAAAAUCUUGUUACCGCUAAUACUUGCCUAGACAGAGAACUUAUUCCAAGUUUAUGUCUACUGAAUAAGUGACCGUUGAUCAAUAACUAGCUUAAUGCAGCAAUUGAAUGCUUGGAGUAUUUCCCUGACCAGUUAGUAGUUAUAAAGCAGUUACUGCAAAACGGAAAUGAAGAGACAAGAUUGAACAGUCAGAAGAUACUCUUUGAUGUCAUAGCAAAAUACUAUGCUCAAGAGAGAGAUUGCCUAUUAACUGAUGAGUAUUUUGAUAUUCAUUCAGGAAUUAUUGAACUUUUAGAAAAUGAGAAAAGGGCAGAAGCACUUGAAGCAAUACAACUAUAUCUAAGAUUGCUGUUGCCGAACAUUAGAGAAGAAUUAUGA